AUGGCAGUGGCAAGACCAGUAACUACACUCGCACUUCCAGCUCACUUUGAAGAAACCAAAACGAAGAUCGCUAGGAAACAAGUUCACUCUAGUCCAAGGCCGGUGACCAAUCUGGAGCGACUGACCAUUCCCGACCAUGGAAUUUAUCAUGUUCGUAGGAGUCCGCUGCCGUCGCCAUGUUCACCGAGAAGCCCCACGAUUACACUUCCCAAUAUCCACCUGAAAACUAGUGAUAUAGGAUGGAUGGCUCGAACCGGUGGCAAAAUGACUUUCAAGAGGAAUAUCCACACUGGUCUCUUCGAUGUUAAACCGAGAUCGGGGAGGAAAAAACCUGGGAUAUUAAGAACCAGGCAUUCAGAAAGAUCGUUCGCUGGAAGUCAAGCCACUGACGCCGAGGAGGAAGAAAUGACGCCGUAUGUGAGAUUUCGCCGAGCAGCCCGAGUAAUCCGUCUCCUGUGCACGGCAUGCCUUGCCUAUAUGAAAUCCGCAUCAGCUAGCGCCAUUCAAGGAAGUUGGUUGGAGGUUGUGGAACAGACAUUGCAGGCCGCGGAAAAUGAAGCAAAGAAAUCAGGAACUGACACUAAACAUACGAAAGCCACCAUCGUUAGCGCCGCACACCCUGACUUAACCUUUGACCCCACCGAUUAUCUCAGAUUCACGAAACGAGAGGACAGCAUCCCUGGAAAAAUCAAGGAGUAUCUGAGACUACCAGUGAGCGAACGAACGCCUGAAAUCGUCCAAAAUAUUGUACGAACAAUGCUACACUUUGAGGAGUUCGCCAAGUAUCCACCGGACAUCCAAACACAUCUUUGUGAGCAUGCGUGGUGGGACAGGUUUGGCAGGAACCGGGUCAUUUGCCGGGAAGGACAGAAACCAGAAGGCCUUUACAUUGUACUUACUGGAAAACUCACAGAGAAUACUAAGAUUGGUCAGACAUUUAUUUUAAAUAAAGGAGACAAAUUCGGGGAAACCGAUAUGAUAAGUGGGAGUGUUAGACGAAGCACGGUGAUGACGAAGGGUGACGUAGAACUGUUUUGCGUACAUGGACAGGACUAUGAAGAAAUCUUCGACACAAAGGUAGCUAUGACGUCAGACGCAUGUUUGGAUUACCUCAGGUCAGGUCAGGUCAUAGUUCAGGAUAGUCGAUCGAAUGAAUGGAUAUAUAUAAUCAAAUCGGGAAAAUGUGACGUGUUGAAGAAGCUGGUGUCCAAUGUCUGCUGCAUUGAUCAAAGCAGAGUGCUGUACCACAAUUACAAGAAAGCACAGGGCGCCUCACAGAUACAACAGAAACAUGACGAAAACACCAUCAUAUUCAAUGGAGGAAACAAUUCGUUUAUAGCAAUGUCAAAAAAGAAGACGGGAACACAUCAUAUGACCGUCCCAAGCGAAUCGAGUUCACGGGUGUCAUCGGAUGUGCACGGGGAAAGACGAAAGAAACAGAGACAAAGUGACUCAGCUAUAAAGGUUCCUCGUAGAAUGUCGCAAACUUACGGCACCAAUGGUUGUCUACGUCGAGGAAGCGAUGCCCAACUACCGCACUGCGUGAAACUCUCCGAAUUGACGGCCGGAGAUUGUUUUGGUUUGUACACAGUAAUUCCUGGUGUUAUUGAUGCAGGUGUCAGUUUGGUAAGCCGGGGUGCUGAAGCUAUUCGGAUUAACAAAGCCUUCUUCCUUAAGUUUGCAGAUAAGCCAUUAUUUACACAGAUUGAAAUGAGAUAUGAGCCGUAUCCAUGCCAAGACAGAGUGUUGGAAGAGCUUGACGUCACCAGCCAAUGGGAGGAAUACAAACAAAUGGAAUUCAAAAACACUUUAGAAAAAUUGAAAAAGAAAUGAUGAUUCAUUUGAACUUUCAG